GAUAGUUUGCUAUAUUUUGCUUAUUAUGUUGUACAUGUUAAUAAGUUUUAUUAAUCCUGUUUUAAAACAUUUUACAUUUAAUAAAGUGAUUCAACUUUACAUCUUGUGAAAUGGCUAGUGAAGGACAGAAUGAAGUCUGAAAUACUUUACACCAAGGAUACACGAAUCUGGAUUCCAGAUGAGCAGUCAGUAUGGAUUGGUGGUGUGUUGUUAGAAGAUUUGCAUAAUGAUCAACUUGAAAUUGAACUGGAAGAUGGCAGGGAAGUUGUUGUUGAUCUCAAAAGCAGCAAAUUUCACCUGCCACCAUUGCGAAAUCCAGACAUUUUGGUUGGCUGCAAUGAUCUGACCACCCUUAGUUACUUACAUGAACCAGCAGUGCUACAUAAUUUAAAAGAAAGAUUCAUCAAUUCUCAUGAUAUAUACACUUACUGUGGCAUUGUACUGGUUGCCCUAAAUCCUUAUGAAAAUGUUCCUUUGUAUGGAUCUGAUAUUGUGUCAGCGUACAGCGGUAAACCUAUGGGUGAGAUGGAUCCUCAUAUUUUUGCUGUUGCUGAAGAUGCUUUUCGAAGCAUGAUUACCCUUGGUCUUAACCAGUCCAUCAUUGUGUCAGGAGAAAGUGGAGCUGGCAAGACAGUCAGUGCAAAGUACACCAUGAGAUACUUUGCAAAUGUGGGAGGUUCUCUUACCGAAACGAUGAUAGAACAGAAAGUACUUGCAUCAAAUCCAAUUAUGGAGGCAAUUGGAAAUGCCAAGACUAUUCGUAACGAUAACAGCUCUCGUUUUGGUAAAUAUAUUGAAAUCAACUUCAACGAAAAGUAUCAUAUCAUUGGCGCUAACAUGAGAACAUAUUUAUUGGAAAAAUCAAGAGUGGUUUACCAGGCACAGGAUGAGAGAAAUUAUCAUAUAUUCUAUCAGCUAUGUGCAAGCUGCGACAUGCCUGAACUUCAAGAAUUAAAUUUAAAACAUUCGGAUGACUUUUUUUACACACAACAAGGUGAAAAUCCCACCAUACCGAGCGUAGACGAUCAAAAGUGUUUUCAAGAUACAUGCGAAGCCCUGGCCUUACUCGGUAUCUACAGUGAGCAACAGCGCAUGAUUUGGAGAAUUCUAGCAUCAAUUUUACAUUUAGGAAAUAUUUCAAUUAUAGCAACUAAUAAAAGUCAAGAUCAAUGCCUUAUUAAGCAAGACGACUUUCAUGCACAGAUGGUGUCAAGUUUAUUGGGUGUUGAUUUAGGCCAGCUGAAUAAAUGGCUGUGUGCCAGAAAAAUUAUUGCAACUGGAGAUGUAUAUGUGAAGCCUUUAACCUGGAGAGAGGCGAGUAAUGGUCGCGAUGCUUUAGCAAAACACAUCUACUCACAAUUGUUCAAAUGGAUAGUCGAACAUGUAAACUCAAGCCUGGCAAUAACUUCACAGCGAAAAUCGUUUAUCGGUGUUUUAGACAUUUAUGGAUUUGAAACAUUUGAAGUAAACAGCUUUGAGCAGUUUUGUAUAAAUUAUGCAAAUGAGAAACUACAACAGCAGUUUAAUCAGCAUGUUUUUAAACUUGAGCAAGAUGAAUAUGUUAAAGAACAGAUCGUUUGGUCAUUUAUCGAUUUCUAUGAUAAUCAGCCAUGCAUAGACCUGAUCGAAUUAAAGCUUGGCAUUCUAGACUUGCUGGACGAAGAGUGUCGUAUGCCAAAAGGAGCAGAUGAGUCAUGGGCAAGAAAGCUGUACGCACAGCAUCUGAAGAAAGCCCAACACUUUGUGAAACCACGCAUGUCAGAUGUUGCAUUUAUAAUUCGACAUUAUGCAGAUGAUGUGAUAUACGAUUGCAAUGGAUUUGUUGAGAAAAACAGAGAUCUUAUUAACGAGGAACAUUUGGCAUUGUUAAGAGCUAGUGAGUAUGAGCUCGUCGGUGAGUUGUUUUCAAGCAACGACACUUCAAGUGCACAUGUACCACGUAAGAGAACAACGUCACGAGUUGGAUCUCAUGCACCUAGAACUAAAAAGACUGUUGGCUCAGAGUUUAGGGACUCCUUAAAAAAAUUGAUGGAGGUUCUGAACUCAACAUCUCCUCAUUACGUUCGCUGCAUCAAAUCAAACGAUGACAAAGCUGCAUUUCAACUGGACUUACAUAGAUGUGUACAGCAGCUAAGAGCUUGUGGAGUUCUAGAAACAAUUAGAAUUAGUGCUGCAGGUUAUCCAUCUAGGUGGACGUAUAAAGAAUUUUUUGACAGAUAUAGAAUGCUUAUACCAUGGAAGAGUAUAGAUUGGGAUAGCUUGCAUGGCACAUGUCACAACAUUUUGAGCAGUCACAUACAAGAUGAGGACAAGUUUCAACUUGGAAAGACAAAAAUAUUUUUUCGUGCUGGUGCUGUAGCCUACCUGGAAAGAUUAAGAAGUGACAUGUUGAAGAGAAGUUGCAUCAAGAUACAAAAGAACGUCAAAUCUUGGAUCAUGUGCAGAAAAUAUCGCAAGUUGAGAAAAGCUACUAUUUUGAUUCAAGCCUGGAUUAAAGGUCAUCAAGCUAGAAGAUUGGCAAAGUUUUUGCGAGAGACAUAUGCAUGCAUAACUAUACAGAAAGUCUGGCGUGGUCACAAACUUCAUAAAAAAUAUCAGUCAAUCAGAAGGAACAUUAUAUUGAUACAGUCAGCUAUCCGUGGCGUACUCGUUCGACGGAAAAUGCGAGCCAUUCUAGAAGUGAAUAAAAGUGUUGUUAUUCAAAGAGUUUGGAGAGGUUACAAAGUGAGGAAGAGUUUUCUGAAAGCGAAAAAAAGCAUUGUGUUUUUACAAUGCUGUGUCCGUCGUAAAGCUGCGAAACGAGAACUGAAACGUUUGAAGAUUGAAGCAAAAUCAGUGGAGCAUUUAAAAUCGUUGACGAAAGGAAUGGAGAAGAAAGUGAUGACGCUGCAAGAAAAAUUGACAGAAGAAAGGAAGGAAAAAGAAUUGGUGCAAGCGAAAGUGAUAAAGCUUAAAUACAUCGAAGAUGAAGUGCGAGAGUUGCGAGAAUUAAAACCGCAGUGGGAGAACCUUGUGCAGAAUGCCGAAAAGCUCAAACAAGAGAAGGACGACUUAGAAAAUAAUGUUGCCAUAGUCACAGAGGAAAACAAAAAGCUGGUAAAUGAAAGCGAAUCCCUGAAGAAUCAGAAAGACGAGGAAAUAGCAGCGUUGAAGAAAGCAAUGGAAGAACUACAGCAAAGUUUGUUAGAUCAAAAGAAAGAAAAUGAAGAAGAAAAGGCGGAGAGUGAAGCUAUCUUAAAGAGAGAACUUGAAAAGCAACGCGAAGAAUUAGUAGCAGAGUUUAACACCGAAAGAGCUAGUCAUCAGAAAAUGCUUGGUGAAUACACGAGGUUGGAGCAGCGGUUCACGAACUUGCAAGAGGAACUCAAAAUCGAAAAAAAUAGUCCUGAGAAGAGGAGAAGGAGCACGGUGAACUCUGGAGACGAGCUAUCUGAAAUUGUGACCGAAGAGAUACCGCUAAGUGAAGAUCAAGUCACCAAUUUGUCCUUGGAAUUAUUUGAAGUUACUCGCGAAAGGGAUAUGUUACUCGAACAGGUCGAGUUGCUCAAAGAAGAGCACGAAAUCAGUGUGAGCAUCUCAAAAGUGGCGAGUGAUGAAGGGGAUAAGAGUAAGAAUUUGCAACAAGAAAAUAAAAUGUUAAGAAGCGAGAACGACAAAAUAAAGAAGGAACUGGGUGUUCUUGCUCAAGCAAUUGAAGAAGACGAGGAAGAAAAUCUCGCUAAACAGGACAGGAUAGUUACGCAGUUGUUAAAGCAGAUUGAAGAAUUACGAGCGGAAAACAAAGAGCUGGCAAAAAAAGCGAACAGAAAAGAAGCGUCAGAUCAACCGAUCAUUCUUGGAAGCAACAUACCCGACAUGGCUGAAAAAGAAAUAUCACGGUUGACGAUGGAAAAUAUUGAACUUCGCGAAGAACUCGAAAAAUCGAAGAGCCAUUUGAAAGAGGCGUUGGAGAGAAGCAUCACCUCACCGCCAAGAAAUAAUUUGGUUGGAAGACGGCCAGAACAAGGUGGCGUGCAUCCAAGAAGCAAAUCAAAUGUAUCUGAACUUGGCAGAAGUCGGUCAAUCGAAAACAGAAUAUCCGAUGGAAACUUAACCGAAGCUGGAAAGUUGUUUAUGACGUACGCUGGUUUAAUGAGGAAGAAACCAGUUCAGUUUGGUAAGCAAGGAACACCUGAAAUGGCUGUCAAUCGAAAAGGAAUGUUACAGUUUACUUCCACCGACCAAGCCGAAGUGGUGGCCAAAUUGAUACUUGAUAUACAGCCAACUGCGGUGGAGAAAGAAGUACCUGGUCUACCCGCUCAUAUAGUGUUCAUGGGUUUGCGAUAUGUUGAUCAUAUAAAUGACGAGCGGCUCAUGCAAAGCUACCUUACUGGUGUGAUAUCGAGUGUAAAAAAAAGAGUAACGAAAAUUCCUGGUGACAUCGACAUGCAAGCAUUCUGGUUGGCCAACACAUUUCGUUUGUACUGUGACAUGAAACAGUUUAGUGGAGAGCAACAAUUUCAAUCGAUGAAUACGAGAGAGCAAAACGAAUAUUGCUUGAGCAACUUCGAUCUUUCUGAGUAUCGGCAAGUACUCAGUGACACAUGCAUCAAAAUCUACCAAGACAUGGCCAGCAAUAUACAAUCACGUGUUAAUAAUUUGAUUGUGCCUGGAAUGUUGGAAUAUGAGUCCAUACCUGGCGUCGUAUCCACGUUAAGGAGAUUUAAGUCAGAGAAGAAGAAAUCCGAAGAGAUCAUCACUGUCAAAGAUAUCACAAAUAAAUUAUCAGCUAUCUUGGCAGUGUUAAAUGCCCACUGCGUGGAUCCAAGUUUAAUCAAACAAAUAUUUCGACAGAUCUAUUACUACAUCAACGCCACUAUGGUAAACAACAUUUUAUUACGCAAGGAUAUGUGUCACUGGUCAAGAGGUCUACAAAUAAAGUUUAAUUUGACGCAGCUAGAAGAAUGGUGCAGAACAAAUCAACUGCACGAAAAUUUCGGUGUAGUCGACCAACUUGAACCGAUCACGGAAGUUGUGCAAUUGUUACAAGUAAACAAGAGGUCACUAGAUGACGUGGAUGGAAUAAUUGCCAUCACCUCAAAGUUAAAUUCUCUACAGGUACAAAAAAUUCUAUCCAUGUACACACCACCAAACGAGUACGAACCACGUGUACCGGGAAAUUUAAUUCGCGCUGUCGUGAAUAAAAUGCAAAAGACGGAGGGCGCUUCUCUCAUGCUGGACCUAAAAUACGUCGUUCCUAUGACAGUACCGUUUGUGGCGUCUACCGUAAAUUUUGACAAAAUAAAUAUUCCUUCCUUGUUGGGGAUGGAUCAUUUUGAAGUCAUUUAGUCAUGCUUAGGAUGUUAUUACCAAAUAUUUUAAUAAUAAAUAAAUUAUAGUAAUUUUCUAAUUCAAAUAAAAUAUAUUUUUUUCUCUGUUC